ACCAGUUACCCGACCUAAGAAACGUUACCCGACCGAGCCUUUUUAUAUGGAAUUUAAGGAGGAGAUUGUGAUGGGGAAUUCUACCUCCGCAUUUGUCCAGCAGGAGGGGGAAGAUGGACAAGUGGAGGAAGAUGGAGCUGGCCUUGUUCGGCAAACAAGCAUGGAGGAAGAAUCUGCCCAGGCGCUCCUAGCCCUGAAUAAGGGUGUCGCGGCAGCCGAUGGCGAGGGAAAGAAAAAGAAGAAGAGGAAGAAGGCGAAGAAGAAGAGGGAUAAGAAGUCGGAAGAGGUGGUUAGAGAUGAGGAUGCCCUGGGAGAGGAAGGAGCCCUUGGAGACAUGACUGUUGCAGGAGGAGGGGAUGACCUUCCCGACUCUCAAAGGAUUAUAUCCCAACACCUUGCAGCACACAUGUCCAAAAUUACGCCAGCUUCCGCUUCCGCCGGAGCUGCUCUACACGAAGACGACGACGACCUCUUGAUGAUGGAGACUGAACUAGGUUACACCGCUGUUUCUUCCCCGCCGCCACUAGACGCGGACGACGUACUUAGUUCUUCAGCCUUUCAUACCUCUCCGAGAAAGAAGGGAAGAGCGGUCUAUGAGAAGAAGAAAAAUAAGCGGACGGAUCCAAUCGAGGAUGCUAAUAGGCUUGUUGAUCCGGCGUUGAUGGAAUUCGACGAGGCUACUGCGGCGGCUGCGGCCGCCGUUAGCAUACCUCCCGAUAUGUUGAGGGACGGAGCCGAAGAGCCAAAGAAGCGUAAGAGGAGGUUGCCAACAGGGAAACUUGAUGACGGUCCCGAGAAGAAGAAAAAGUCUCAUAAGAAAAAAGCCUCCGAGGGAAUUGUCAAUUCAGAAGCGGCGAGCCUGGUCCAACCCUCAUCCUCGGCUCCACUUCAACAACUCCCAAUUCAAGCAACUCCUUCAACUCCCGGACCCAUCUCUACGACAGCUACUGCUACCCCUUCUGGAGGAAGUGCUGGGGGCACGUUUUCAGUUGAAGAGAAACAGGCGAUUGACGUUCAUCUCGCUAGAUACGCGGAAGAUAACGGUCUUGCUCAUGCAGACUUAUGUCGGAGAGUCUGGGCCAAUGAACGCCGCAAAGAUGACUUCUGGGAAGGGGUCUGCUCCGUCCUCCCACAACGCUCUAGAGCUAGUAUUUACAAGCACGUCCGCCGCCAAUACCAUGUUUUCAGUUCCCGCGCAAAGUGGACUGAGAGCGAAGAUGAGCACCUCGCGACGCUCGUGAAGGAAAAGGGAAGUGCUUGGAAGGCUGUCGGUGAUGCUAUGGGCCGAAUGGGCGAAGACUGUCGUGAUCGCUGGAGGAACUAUGGCAAGUGCGGCAAAGACCGUGGGAAAGAUCGUUGGGAUGAAUCCGAGGAAUCGGAAUUGAAGAAAGUCAUCACCAAGGUCUUGACCGGGAUCCGUACGCGUAGGGGCAUCACUGAUCCCUUUGACCUUGAGGCGAAUACGAUAGACUAUGAUGGUGAGAGUGAGAUUAAUUGGACGGUUAUUAGUGAUUUGAUGGACAAUAAACGUAGUCGUAUCCAGUGUCGGUAUAAGUGGAACAAGAUGAAACAGCAGAAGGCGAGAUCUGGGGGUGUUGCUGUUGUCAAAAGUCCUGGCACUUGGAAGAAAAAGGCAAAGGCUUUUGUUGAGGAUAUGCUCGUUGGGGAUCAUAUUUGGUUGUUGAAACAGAUCCGGGAUUCGGGCGCUACAACAGAGAAGACAAUCCCGUGGGAAAAUAUCGCCCUCAAUGAUAAGAUUUGGUCUGCAAAGGAGCUUGAACGCGCAUAUAAAAAGUUGCGUCAAACAGUUCCGCAUCAACGCCUUCCUCUAUCUGAAAUUGUCAAUAAGGUCCUCAAGGACCUUGAAGACCUUUCCGAAGAUGUCAAGGGCCAACGAUACCUUCCAGAGGUCAACGGUACACCCGCUGCCGCUGACGGUCCACAAUCCAUGGCUGAGGACCAACUUUCCCAAUCUUCUGCAACCCCCCAUAUCCCAGACCAAUUCGACGCAUCCAACUACACUUACGAGCAACAACCCAUGAUCCAGAACGUUGCUCCGGUCGCAAGCAUGAGUAUCGCCGACGGAGAGUACGAUCCUAACCGCGCAGCGGAGGACAUGGCACUUGUUGACCCAGAGCUAAUUGGUCAGGGGAUUGAGCAUGGAGUCCAACAAGACCUUGAAAAGACUGCCGGUGAGGCGAUCAUGAUUGCUGCGGCAGCGGCCGCUAGGGAGCGCGAGAGAUCCGGUGAGGAUGAGACUGAGCGUGAGCUCCGUAGGAGGCUUGGUGUGGAAGUUUGAAUUUCGUAAGAAAAAAAGAAAAAGGGGAAUAGGAGAGGGCCUUGAUUUCUGUUUUUUCUUUUCUUUUCUUUCUCUUCUGGUUUUUUUCUCUUCUCUUUUCUACUCUUACUACCAUAGGGUCUAUGUGGAUGGGGGUGGGACGAUUUUUUUUGUCUGUCUUUACUUUCAUCGUGGGGGGUUUACUUAGUAUAAGUUAGUGAAGGGACGGUGAUAGUGUGAUGUGGUUUCAAUAGCUAGACUUUGACAGUUAAAUGUCAUCAUCCUACUUAGCUCUCAACCAAAG